UGUCCCGGCUCCAAGUUUUUCUCCAUGAUGGCCUGUAACAGCACGUCCAUUGAGACUUACGAAUACUUGCUGCGGAAUGGGAGCAAUGUGUUGGAUUUUGGGGUGACCGCAGCUCCCGCCCCCCUCAGGACAUCCUUGGCAAUAAUCAUGAUGCUGAUGGUUGUGGUCGGAUUCCUUGGCAACGCUGUCGUCUGCAUCAUCGUGUAUCAGAGGCCAGCCAUGCGCUCUGCCAUCAACCUGUUGCUGGCCACGCUGGCCUUCUCCGACAUCAUGCUGUCCUUAUGCUGCCUGCCCUUCACCGCUGUCACCCUGAUCACCGUCCACUGGCACUUUGGGACUUACUUUUGCCGCCUCUCGGCCACACUUUACUGGUUUUUUGUCCUGGAGGGCGUGGCCAUCCUGCUCAUCAUCAGCGUGGACCGCUUUCUCAUCAUUGUCCAACGCCAGGACAAGCUGAACCCACGGAGGGCCAAGGCGAUCAUCGCCAUCUCCUGGGCUCUGUCUUUCUGUGUCUCCGCUCCCUUGCUUGCAGGCUGGACGUUCGUGGAGGUGCCUGCGCGGGCCCCUCAGUGCGUGCUGGGCUACACGGAGUUCCCUGCCGACCGUGCCUAUGUGGUGACGCUGGUGGUGGCUGUGUUCUUCGUGCCCUUUGGCGUCAUGCUGUGCUCCUACCUGUGCAUCCUCCACACGGUCCGGAAGAACGCCAUCCGUGUCCACAACCAGUCCGACAGCCUGGACCUGCGACAGCUCACCAGGGCUGGCCUGCGGCGGCUCCAGCGGCAACAGCAGGUCAGCGUGGACUUGAGCUUCAAAACCAAGGCCUUCACCACCAUCCUGAUCCUCUUCGUGGGCUUCUCGCUCUGCUGGUUGCCGCACUCGGUCUACAGCCUCCUGUCUGUGUUCAGCCGGAGGUUCUACUGCAGCUCCUCCUUCUACACCACUAGCUCCUGCGUCCUCUGGCUCAGCUACCUCAAGUCUGUCUUCAACCCCAUCGUCUACUGCUGGAGAAUCAAAAAAUUCCGCGAGGCCUGCGUAGAAUUGCUGCCCCAGACCUUCCAAAUCCUCCCCAGAGUGCCUGAGCGCAUCCGAAGGAGAAUCCAGCCAAGCACUGUCUAUGUGUGCAAUGAAAACCAGUCUGCUGUUUAG